AUGCCUGAAUUACGUCGUUCUGCAAGAGUUGCUGCUAGACCUACCAAAGAACCAGAGGCUGCCGUCGAACAACCACCAACUAAGAAAGCUAAAACAACUUCCACCAACACAGCAAAACCCAAUGCUGGUUUGGAGAUUGGUGAAAAAAUUCCAGAAAUUACCUUGCUAAACCAAGAUGGAAAAGAGAUAAACUUAGCUGAAGUUGCCAAGGGAUCUAAAUAUGUAGUUAUUUUUGCUUUUCCACGUGCAUCCACCAGUGGCUGUGCUAGACAAGUAUCUGGAUUCAGAAAACUCGACAAGGACUACAAGGACGUUGCAAUCUUUGGUGUUUCUUCUGAUAGCAUCAAAGCUCAGAAGACUUUCCAAACCAAACAAAGUGCUGAGUACGAUUUGUUAUCUGAUCCGGAAAAAAAGUUGAUUGGUGCUUUAGGUGCUAAAAAACACCCUCUGGGGAUUAUUAGAUCACAUUGGAUUUUUGUUGAUGGUGUCUUGAAAGUCAAGCAAAUUCAAGUAUCUCCAGAAGUUAGCUUCACAAGUGCUGAAGAAGAAAUUAAGAAAUUCAUUAAUGAAAAUGAAAACAGCAAAGAAGCCACUGAAAACGAUACCAUCAAGGAAGAACUUAAAGAGGAACCUCAACAAGAUAACAGUAAGGAAGUAAACGACGACAAUACCAAACAGACUGACGAGAAAGCCACUGAACUGGCUCAAGAUGAAGUCAAAAAUGUUUCGGAGGAAAGCAAAGGUUUAGUCGAAAAAUCAACUGAGGAACCUAAAACAGAAGCGCCAGCUAUUUAA